UCCUCACCCCUUGCCAGCUUCCACCCGGAAGGUCUCCCAGGCAGCCUGCAGCAUGAUCUCCAUCACCGAAUGGCAGAAAGCCAAGAUUCCUGGAUGGCAGUGGAGCCACCCCAUCCCCCGCCCCCCAGAGGGCACCUGUCCAGCGGCAAUGGGGGGAAGUUCCAGCAUCCCAAGCUGCUCCCCAAAGCCCAUCCCACCACAACCUCCUUGCCCAUUGCAGAGAUUGGUGUGGGCACCACCGGCUUCGGCAUCUUCUUUAUCCUCUUUGGAAUGUUCCUGUACUUUGAUUCAGUGCUCCUGGCCUUCGGAAACCUGCUGUUCCUGACCGGCCUCUCCCUCAUCAUCGGCCUGAGGAAGACGUUUUCCUUCUUCUUCCAGAGGCACAAGCUCAAGGGGACCAGCUUCUUCCUGGGGGGCGUGGUCAUUGUGCUCCUGCGCUGGCCCCUCCUGGGCAUGCUCCUGGAAACCUAUGGCUUCUUUAACCUCUUCAAGGGCUUCUUCUCUGUCGCCUUUGGCUUCUUGGGCAAUACCUCCAACAUCCCCUUCCUGAGCGUGCUGUUCCAGAGGCUUCAAGGCACCAGCUCAAUGGUCUGAAGAGCGGAGAUAAGCUGCUUGAACUUGGAUCAUUGGUUGAGGGGGCUGGAAAGGAAAUGGGGGCCACCCCCUCAGGCCCCCACCCCGCAAUGACUCAUCUCCCCAUCAUACCUGGACCUCUCCAAGUCCAGAAGGAAGGAUGGAGCCGAGUGACUGACCUCAAAUCCCCAAGUCAACGCAAGAAGCUGUCAGGACUGUUGGAAGCAGAGACCCGGGUCCCUCCCAUGGAGACUGAAUGGGAUCACACCCCACCCUGUAUUUAUCAGAGGAAAAGCAAAGAUUAAAUCCCCAAGCUGUAAAUGUG